CAUAAUCACAAGGAUUCAAGUUCAGCAAGUGCCUGAGUCAUAGGGCCGUACUUUUAAAACCUCCGACUUUGGUGGCAAACGCCUGGCAAAGAUUCAUCAGGCAAGGAUAUGAGUGAGGGUGUCCUUAUUUUAAAAAGCCAAGGUGGGCGAUGGCUGCGCCUGGCGAACGAGUGUUGCUUAGUGCUAACAUCUUGAAUUCCCGCUCUAUGUAGCGCGUUGGCGACCGAAAAAGCGCGCGAAAUACAAGUUUGUUUACAUCUUGCUGGCAGCAUGGCUUCUACAAGCAACUCCUCCACCUCAUCUAGUGCCUCUCCUUUGUCCCUUUUUGAUAAAGAGGCACUUGUGGAACUCAUUAAAGAAUACUUUGAUGUCCUUAAUGACAAGUCCACCAAAUUCUAUGCUUCAAACAGGAAGGCUCAAGCAUGGCAAGAAAUAUCAAGAAAGUUUUGUGACUCCACAGGUCACCAAAAAACUCCCUUGCAGUUAUGCAAGAUAUGGGAGAACAUCAAAGCUAGGAGCAACAAUGAUUACUCCCGGCACAAGGCUGAGAGGGUAAAGACAGGAGGUGGUAAGUCACCAAAGCCUGUGGAUCCUCUCUCACAAAGCAUCCUUCCUUUGCUGGACAAUGAAUUGGACCCACUAUGCAACACAUGGUACAGUGAUCAUGGACACCACACGGUUGUUGAAAAUGAAUCUGAUGGGUCUGUGACACUUUCUCUGUCACAGCUGGAGGAUCCCGUCCAAGAGAAAAUCCUUCCUCAGCAAGUGCCCUAUGGUAGUCCAGCUGCCCCUGCUCAGCCAGUGCUCCACAAUGGUCCUGGUGUCCCUCCUCAGCUAGUGCUCCACAAUGGUCCUGGUGUCCCUCCUCAGCCAGUGCUCCACAGCAAUCCUACUGCCACCAUGGAACAGCCAGUGACUCCAAGGCCAAGGAAGGGGCACUUGGUAAAGAAGAAGCUGGUACAAGAUGCAAAGCAGUGAGCUUUGAAGCUAGCUGAAGAAAGACAUCAGCGAAACAUGGCAGCUGAUGAGCGUUUGUUUCAAGAACGACUAGAACUGCUUCACCAUGAGAAACAGUUAAUAACAUCAUAUUAAG